GUCAUGUGAUAAGAGGUCCAAGAUCGGAUUGGUUAGUUAGCGUGCUAGUGUAUUUUCGCUGAGGUUGCUGGCUAUAAGAACUUUUUUUUUUUUUAUCCCUGUGUUGAAGCAAGCAAAUUUGGUCGCGUGUUCUUUGUAAAAAUGACUAAAAGAGCGUAUCCUUUCGCUGAGUCAUUCUCAUCACAGUAUAAAAUUCACGUUGGACAAAAGGAGUUGAAUCAUCACGGCGUAUUUGGGAACACGUACAGGCAAGAGGUCUUCGAAAAGACGAAGGACCUGCUCUUCAAUGGGACCAAAGCUGUCAUGGGGAAAAUCUGGAAUGUAGAUGCAGAGAAGUGCUCAGCAAUACAGCCAUCAGGGUCAGGUAUGAAACCUGAUGUGAGCCAGACACUCCUGAGGGGACAGACACUGAUUGGGCAGGAUGGCAGACUACAGAGAACUACACCUGUUCAAGGUUCAGCGUUGGCUCCAGUGGGGUGCUGUGUGUGUCAGAAGGCCCAGGGCACCAGGAGGCCGUGCUCCCAGUGUGACCGCCCAGCCUGCCCCUCCUGCAUCCAGCAGUGCGCCAGCUGCUCCAGAUCCUGCUGCUCUGUCUGCACCGUCAUCGACCCUAGACUGGACUCUGCUAAACCCUGCAUAACUGGUACAUGUGUGCUGACAACACAGGCGCAACUUUCCAUGAGGGUACCUAUGAUGCUACAGUGGACAGUAUGAUCAAGUGCUGUGCUGUGGCUGCGCAUCAUAAUCAAGGAUCAAGGAUUGUUUUUAUACAUUUUAGUUGUCAUUUCACAUUAAAUGUUAACUCUCAAAUGUUAUACAUGUGUAUUUUUGUAUAUAUGUAGUUUGUGGAAUAAAUAUUUUGCUUGCUUC